ACCAGCUCUCGGAGCCACACAGCGCAGACAGGAACAGCUGAGAAAGAACAACAAAGCCACGACGACCGACGACGCCACAAACAACAGAUGUGCGUCUGUAUACCUUAAAUAUCGGUGACAUCAUCGCAUGUGGGGACGUUUUCCGCCACUGGAACAUAUUUUGUAAAGCUGUAGUUUAGUCACACCAAGAAGAUUUAACAAUGGGACGCAUCUUCUUGGACCACAUUGGUGGAACACGCCUCUUCUCCUGUGCCAACUGUGACACCAUCCUGACCAACAGGUCAGAGCUCAUCUCAACGCGCUUCACAGGAGCCACGGGCAGAGCUUUCCUCUUCAACAAGGUGGUGAACCUGCAGUAUAGCGAGGUGCAGGACAGGGUGAUGCUGACUGGGAGACACAUGGUGAGGGACGUCAGCUGCAAGAACUGCAACAGCAAGCUGGGUUGGAUUUACGAGUUUGCUACCGAGGACAGUCAGCGGUACAAAGAGGGACGCGUCAUCCUGGAGAGGGCGCUGGUGAGGGAGAGCGAGGGCUUCGAGGAGCACGUCCCCUCAGACAACUCGUGAGCCGCUAACCAGGGGAUUGUUUGUUCCUUCCCUCCUUCUCCUCUCUCCCUUUACCUCUGCGCUGCGCACCUCCACCUGCAGACUUAGAGCUCAGUGAAGUUUUAGCUUCACCUGCCACACCCCUUCCCUCGCUCUGGUCUUUGACCUCUGCUAAUUAGAAGAUUGAUACGCUGGCUCUUUUCUAUGCCCUAAAAUACUUCCUGAUUUAUGUACCACAGGGCACCAUCCUUACCAGCUGGGAGCACAGAAGCGUUUCUGCACGGUCACACACAAGUUUUCACGUCUCUGCACAAGGCAUGCUCCUCACACUUUUCUCAUAUAGUUCUUAAAACACAUGCAUGAUAUACGACAGGGUGCAGCGUCACUUGGUUGUUUGGUUCAUUUAGAUAACAGGUAGAAUAGCUGAGUGUGUCCGUCAUCAAGCGAAGCCUACGCAUUAUUCUAAACGAGCUGUAAAUCUGCAUAUCGCUUUAAUGGGGCUUCUGUGUCGUCAACUUUGUGUCAGUGUAUUUGUCACUGGUGGACACUGAAUGCAGUUAAGACCAUGAUUAUUAUUGCUAUAUCAGUUUCUUUGUAAUUAGCCAGUAGUGAAAUUAUUGUAAUUGUGUUUAAAAUCUUUGUUCCCAUGUGAAAGGAUAUCAUAAGGACUGCACAGAUUGAUGUCAUAUUUGAGUAUUCAUUGUUGUGGUUGAUGAUAAUCUGAGUUCAAUUUAGAUCUAGCUCACAUUUAUGUUGAUUGACCUGAUUCGCUUGAAGUGAACAUAAGGUGAUAUAAGUGUCACAUUAAUGCAGCAUUUAGUGUGGAAGCAGAGUGUACAGUAGACAAUCAUACAAAGUCAUCCUGCAGUUUUAUUCAGUUAAAGUGCUCUCUCUCUCUAUCUGGUUCUAUUGUUUCCAUGCCUGUGUGCUGUGCAACAUGUCACUGUGGUGUCUUAUGAUCAGGAGUAUUUACCUUUCUGUCAGGUGUCUCCACUCCAGUGUGGCGGAGGAGAAAUGUGUGAGAUGUUCUCUGCUGUCAUAAAGACAGGAUGACGACAGUGCAAGGCGAAAAAGCUAACAGACAGUUAGCCGCAGACAUCCAUUUACCAUUUUUUUCCCUGUGAUCGGUUACUAUGCUGUUUAAAAAAAAACGAACAUUGAAAAUGUGUUUGAAUCAAGCCUUAGACUGCUGGAACUCUAUUUCUUUGAACUUCAGUAAACAUCUCCUUGUGUUAAACUCAUUUUAGGAUAGUCACACAUCUUUUUAUAAUCCUCGUUUUAGGGCACGUUUGGUCAUGAGAUGACUUCUUUCUUAUACACUCAAAGCAAAAGACGCUUCAGUGGACUCUGUCAUCUCUUACAAUGCCAGAGUCUCAAUUUUAUAAAAAAAUGUGUACGUAACCAUGUGAAGAUUUAAACCAAAAUGUCAAAUUGAACAAACCAAUCUCAAUCUGUGUGACAUUUGAUUCUUGGACUGGGUUGUAGCGUCAUGGCCCUGGUGAGACUUUGUGCCAUUUCAGACUGUGCAUGCCUGCAGGCGUAACCACACUGGUUUCAGCCUCCACUGCUGACAC